GCGAAUUCUGAACUCUCUAAGACCUCUGGCACUGUCUCCUCUCUUUCCUCCCUCCUUCGCGGACGACCUUCCCUCAUCUGUUGCCGACCAUGACCUCUCAUUCACAUUCCUCCUCUACCGCGAACGUCGUAGGAGUCCAUUACCGCGUUGGAAAGAAAAUCGGAGAGGGUUCCUUCGGGGUAAUCUUCGAAGGCACAAAUCUGCUCAACUCCCAGACUGUUGCCAUCAAGUUUGAACCCAGAAAGGCUGAAGCUCCUCAGCUACGGGAUGAGUGUCGGUCUUAUAGGAUACUGGCUGGCUGCACUGGAAUCCCUCAGAUUUACCAUUUUGGACAAGAAGGACUUCAUAACAUCCUAGUGAUAGAUCUUCUUGGUCCAAGUCUUGAGGACUUAUUCGAUAUGUGUGGUCGGAAAUUCUCAAUCAAGACUGUGUGCAUGGCUGCCCGGCAAAUGAUAUCCAGAGUUCAGACAAUACACGAGAAGAACCUCAUCUAUCGUGACAUCAAGCCAGACAACUUUCUUAUUGGUCGCCCCGGCACCAAAGGAUCGAACGUUAUUCAUGUUGUUGAUUUUGGUAUGGCAAAACAGUAUCGUGAUCCGAAGACUAAACAGCAUAUUCCGUAUCGUGAGCGAAAGAGUUUGAGUGGGACGGCUCGGUACAUGAGCAUCAACACUCAUUUGGGACGAGAACAAUCACGGCGAGACGAUCUCGAAGCGUUGGGGCAUGUAUUCAUGUAUUUCCUCCGUGGUUCUUUGCCAUGGCAGGGCCUCAAGGCCGCAACCAAUAAGCAAAAAUAUGAGAAGAUCGGCGAGAAAAAGCAGACAACUCCCAUCAAAGAGCUUUGCGAUGGCUUCCCAGAGGAAUUUGGUAUCUACCUUAACUAUGUCCGAAAACUUGGAUUUGAGGAGACACCUGAUUACGAUUUUCUCCGAGAACUAUUUUCGAAGGUCAUCAAGAACAAUGGUGACGUUGAUGAUGGGGUAUUCGACUGGAAUUUAUUGAAUGGUGGAAAAGGUUGGGAAGCAUCUGCGGGACAUACUCAGAUGGUGGCGCAAAUGCAAUCCGCUGGUAUCACUGCGUCUCCGGAUCGGCGCAGGGAACAUAGAGAUGAUCGACGACGGGCCUCUCAGGUAGGUAACGUUGUUCCACCAUCUCCUGCCCUCGUGCGACACGGUUCAAAACAACGCAAGGCUCCGAACAAUCUCAAUACCCUUUCGCCUGGCGGCGUCAACACCCCUGGACAAUUGACCCCUCAUUCGACUGCUGCACAAAUCAAUGUCCCGGUUGGUUCACAGCAGCGUGGGAGCCCUCAGCAUCCUUAUGCGAGUGUAUCUGGCGGCUACGAUUAUACCGCGGAUGAUACCUAUGUUCAGCAACAGCAAUAUGGUCGAGCAUCGCCAAUGGUAUCGAGUAGCGCGGCCCCACCAGCUCUCAGUAAUGUUCGCGCAAGAGGUGGAGAUGUGGGUGUGUCUAGGGGCGAACAUGACGGUCAGGAAUUGGAGGACUCACCGCCAAGAAUGACGCUGUUGAGGAUCCUCACAUGUCGAUGCGGCUGAAUCUGUGAACCCUAUGACCCCUUAUGAUUACUCUUCAUGCACUCUACGUUUCAUUGCAUAUCCAGCACUCAUUUCUUCUGCUAUACCCAUUAUCUACUCAUAAUUUCACUUUCUGGUAAAUUGGUUAUUCUUUUCGAUCACUGGCAUGUAUCAUCAGAAUAGAACUUUAAAGCUUGGUAAUAUCAAAAUGUCGCUUUAGGAA